AAAAGUUCCAAGAACGGCGAUAUCGUCACGUCUUCAGUUUCCUUCUUUAUAAUGUGGAUUAACAAUUUUGAAUGCGCCCGCGCUUCUGGUACGCUACGCUGGCCAGACUCACAGAGUACAUUUUUUGUCCAGACUCAGUAAAGUGGUAUAAAUAAGUGUUGUGUGUUUGGUAACACUAUUUGAUCGAGUUUCUAUCUUUGAGGUUAGGUUAUUGUUUACAUGUUAGUUUUAUGAGUUAGGUAGUUAGAAUAACAUUUUUAUCCGACUAUUAUGAAGCUACACAUAGACUGAUAUUGCCAUUAUUGCCUGUAAGAGAGAUCAAAGUAAAAUGGGUCCACCUAAAAAGCUUAAGAAAUAUGAUUCAAAAGCUGGAAGUGACAGAUCAAGUAAAAAGAAAAAAGUUGAAGAAGAUAGCUUGACAAUUGACUUAGUGGAAGAUGACAACACUGAAAAUGUUGGUGUGCCUGGGGCAGCCAUGCAGGAUGCUGAAAAAAAUGACCAGGUCCCUGAAGAUGAAUUUGGAGCCAAAGAUUACAGGAGUCAGAUGACAUUAAAACCAGAUAAUGCUAGCCGGCCUCUUUGGGUUGCCCCAAAUGGACAUAUAUUCUUAGAGGCCUUUUCACCAGUCUACAAACAUGCUCAUGACUUUUUGAUUGCAAUUUCUGAACCAGUUUGCAGACCACAGCAUAUUCAUGAAUACAAAUUGACUGCAUACAGUUUAUAUGCAGCUGUAUCUGUGGGACUCCAAACUGCUGACAUUAUUGAAUACCUCCAAAGGUUAAGUAAAUGUGCAGUGCCUGCUGGCAUCAUAGAGUUCAUUACAUUAUGUACAUUAUCAUAUGGAAAAGUAAAACUUGUGCUCAAACAUAACAGAUAUCUAGUGGAGAGCAAACAUGUAGAGGUGCUACAGAAGCUGCUGAAGGACCCGGUGGUGCAGCAGUGCCGGCUGCGGCGCGACGGUGACGACGAACUGCUGGCCUCCGCGCUGCCCAGCAAGCCCGUCGCCUCUGCGCCCAGCACUGGAGAAGAGAAGCCAGCGGCAGCUAACGGCGCGGUGCCGGACGAUAUCAGCCAGUUCUACCAGCAGUUGGACAAGGACGACGACGACGACGACGCCACAGACAUCUCCGCCAACACCGCCGUCGCGUUCGAAGUCGAUCCCGACAAGAUUGAGGUGAUACAAAAGAGAUGCAUCGAAUUGGAGCACCCGCUGCUGGCGGAGUACGACUUCCGGAACGACGCGAUCAACCCCGACAUCAACAUCGACCUGAAGCCGACCGCCGUGCUGCGCCCCUACCAGGAGAAGAGCUUGCGGAAGAUGUUCGGCAACGGACGCGCUAGGUCGGGCGUGAUAGUGCUGCCGUGCGGCGCGGGCAAGUCGCUGGUGGGCGUGACGGCCGUGUGCACGGUGCGCAAGCGCGCGCUCGUGCUCUGCAACUCCGGCGUCUCCGUGGAGCAGUGGAAGCAGCAGUUCAAGUGCUGGUCCACCGCCGACGACAGCUGCAUCUGCCGAUUCACAUCAGAAGCCAAAGAUAAACCGAUGGGCGCGGGUAUCCUCAUUACCACGUACUCUAUGAUAACUCACGGUCAACGGCGAUCAUGGGAAGCGGAGCAGACCAUGAAGUGGCUUCAAGCGCAGGAGUGGGGGUUGGUAGUGUUGGACGAGGUGCACACCAUCCCCGCCAAGAUGUUCCGUAGGGUGCUUACUAUCGUGCAUUCACACGCAAAAUUAGGUUUAACGGCGACCCUUUUGCGUGAAGACGACAAAAUAGCAGAUUUAAAUUUUCUCAUCGGACCCAAACUGUAUGAAGCUAACUGGUUAGAACUGGAACGAGCCGGCUACAUCGCGCGCGUGCAGUGCGCGGAGGUGUGGAGCCCGAUGACGCCAGAGUUCUACCGCGAGUACCUCAUUCAGAAGAUAAACAAAAAAAUGUUGUUAUACGUGAUGAAUCCAUCAAAGUUCCGCGCGUGUCAGUUCCUAGUGCGCUACCACGAGAAGCGCGGGGACAAGACCAUAGUUUUCUCAGACAAUGUGUUCGCGCUGCGCCACUACGCCGUCAAAAUGAACAAGCCUUACAUCUACGGGCCCACGUCACAGAACGAGAGGAUACAGAUCCUGCAGAACUUCAAAUUCAACCCCAAAGUGAACACGAUAUUCGUCAGUAAAGUCGCGGACACCAGUUUUGAUUUGCCGGAAGCGAAUGUGCUGAUACAGAUAUCUUCGCACGGAGGCUCGCGUCGACAAGAAGCGCAACGAUUAGGUCGUAUAUUGCGGGCCAAGAAGGGCGCCCUAGCAGAGGAAUACAAUGCGUUCUUCUACACGCUGGUGUCGCAAGACACGCUGGAGAUGGCCUACAGCCGGAAGCGACAGCGCUUCUUGGUCAACCAGGGCUACAGUUAUAAAGUUAUUACAGAAUUGAAAGGCAUGGAUCAGGAACCAGAUUUGUUUUAUGGCACUCGUGAGGAGCAGGGAAUCCUGUUGCAACAGGUGCUAGCGGCGUCGGAGACGGAGUGCGAGGACGAGCGCGAGGCGGGCGCGGGCGGGUCGGGGAGCGCGGGGGGGGCGCGGCGCGGCGCAGGCGCGCUGUCGUCGCUGGCGGGCGCCGACGACGCGCUCUAUCUGGAGCAGCGCCGCGCCGCGCACCACAACAAGCAUCCGCUCUUCAAAAAGUUCCGAUACUAACUGGGUCAGGAGAUGAAGUGGAAAAUUGGAGUCCGAGACUUCAUCGCGAUAUACAUUUUAAAACUAAGGAUGAGAAUGGCAUACCAGAGUGGGCAAUACUUGAGCUUCAAGGGCUCGUGCAGUCGAAGAAAGACAACUCCUCGGGAGCCACCGUCGCCGGCGACCUUCAUUACUCCAGCCGCAGCGGGCACCCCGUGC